CAAAAUUAAAGUUUAAUCAAUGGAAUUUUCGAGAAACUUUUCUGAAAUGAAAUCAUUGAAUUCUAGAUUCAAAUUUGAUGGACUUCCCUUGUAUCAAAAGUUGACGAUCAAAAUCAUCACUCGUGAUUACUGCUUAUGAAGCACAGACUUCCCUUCAUUUUCAUCUUCGAAUAAGGUAAAGCUAUCAAACAAUAUCAAAAAUGCUGCUUUUCAGAAUUUCAAUGAAGAAACUCAAGGAUCUACUGAAACCAAGAUGAAGCCCAAGCAACUCAAAUCUAUCAACUACUCUGUGCUUGAAGGUCAUCCAUACGAGAUAGUAGAUAAUCCUAAUCGCUAUGAGAAAAACAGGAAACUCUACCUCUGUAAAUACGAAGGUUGCAGUAAGAUCUUCAAAAAGACAUGGAACCUCGUAUACCACUUCCGUGUCCAUACAAAAGAAGCUGCUUACGAAUGAAAGUACUGCGACAGGACCUUCAUCCAGAAAGCCAACUAUAAGCGACACAUGUCAGUCCACGACCACACUCCAAUGGAGCAAAGGAAGAAGCAUGGCUGCCCUCAUUGUUCACGAAAGUAUUCUUGCAAGUACAACUUGAACGCUCAUAUUAAGAGAGACCACGCACAGUCAUCAAACGCCUCACUAAGAAGGAGUAAAAAUUCACCUUAAUGAGCAGGGAGGAGGAUCACAAACUAAUUUCUA